UUUGAUGUUUGGGGUGAUGGAGCCGUCCCAGUCUCCCGGCGGGUCUGGACCCAGUGGCGCGUUCAGCCCCGGCGCCUGCACAACUCAUGUUCCGGUCGCGGCGAGCCAACUUGGUACAACAGCUCUGGAGGCAUCGCUGCAUUGCGCCUGGCCCAGACGACAGCCAGGGGGCCCUGAAACCGGCCGUUCAUGCCCUCUUCAAGAAGCUGAAGGACAAGGAAUUGGAGCUGCUGCUGCAGGCGGUGGAGAGGCGGGGCGGCGGCGAGUCGGGCUGCGUCUGGGUCGAGUCACGGGGGUCCAAGCCCGGCCCGCCUGCUUCGCUCCUCCUUUGCCGCCUCUACCGCUGGCCUGACCUGCGCCACCCGCACGAACUCAAGCGCCUGAGCUGCUGCAAAAGCCCUGGGAGCGAAGGCACCACGCACUGUUGCAACCCGCACCACCUGAGCCGGCUCGCCGUAACUGAAAGCCCCCCACCGCCCUACGGGAAGAUCUCUCCGUUCGCCAAGUGCUCCAUCACCUUGGACAACAACCGCAAAGUACGACAAGUGCUUCAUAAGCAUCCAUCCAGCCCCUGCAAAUGCCGGUCCGGAAAGACCUUCACGGAUCCUUUCUCUCGUCCUACAGACACAAGCCUUUCCCAGCACUCCCUCAAAGACAGCUACUGGUGCAAGCUGGCCUACUGGGAGUUCCGCCUGCGGGUGGGCCGCCUCUUCCCCGUGCACGACGACUACGUGAACGUCUUCUCCGACCUGCCGGCGGGCAGCGGGCUCUGCCUGCCUCAGCUCGCCUCGAGGAACCGCAGCCAGGCUGUCCGGCGGGCCCAGGCCAAGAUCGGGCAGGGGCUGCUGCUCAGCCGGGAGACGGGCGGCGUCUGGGCGUACAACCGCAGCGAGCACCCCAUCUUCGUCUGCUCGCCCACCCUGGGACCUCCGGGCAGCCUCAGCCCGGCGGUGCACAAGAUCCUUCCCGGAUACUCCAUCAAGGUGUUCGACUACGAACGGGCCGGCAACCUGGCGGUCGGAGGCCUGGGCGAUGGGCCCUGCGACACCCACACCAUCCGCAUCAGCUUCACCAAAGGCUGGGGGCCCUGCUACUCCCGCCGGUUCAUCACCUCGUGCCCCUGCUGGAUGGAAGUGCUGCUGAACGCGCCGAGAUGAAGGGAAGCCGGGGAAAGGGGCUGCCUCAACGCCCACCCUCUCUCAGCCAUAGGGAGCUCAGGAAAUAUAUAUACUUGCCAGCUCCUCCAGCUUCCUUGGGUGGAAAGGGAGAAUUUUAGAACGUUCCACUGGCUUUUCAGAAUUAUUGGUUUCUUUAUGCAUAUACAGGUUAAGGCAGGAGAACAGGGUGAAUGCAGGGCUAGAAACUUAGCGGCGGUCACGGGGCUGACUUAGCGCAGGGGCCAACGAGUUCCAGUUAUGCCCAAAUGGCUUUUCUCCAUCUAAAAGGGCUCUGCUCCCCAUGUAAGCCAGUUUGAUCCCCACCCCGACCCCAAACCAGUUUAACUCUCAACAGGGAGUUUCCAAGGAGGGGAAAACUCCAUCGCGGAGCAAAUCAAAGUGGUGCAUUGCAAUUCCUUGGGCACGGUUUGGAGCUUCCUCCUUUUAACGAAACUACUGUGCUCGCUAACUUAAUUAAAAGUGUGAUGGGAACAAGGCAUCUUGAAGUCAGCCAAUGAGGUGGGUGCUAAUAAAUGCGGGAGGCAAGAAAAACCAUUUCUGUAUGUGAUGCAUAGGUGAAUUACUGCAGCCGUUGCCUUGAAAACCUGGGAGAGAUCCUUGGGCUGAGUUAAUGGUUUUAGUGAAGGGCAUUUGAAAAAUUCAUGGAAAAAGAUGGGUCAGCUAAAUACAGCGUCAGCUCAGUGGAACCUCCAUCUUCAAAAGCAGUCUAUCUGCUCAGGGAUAGAUGGCAAGAGAAAUGGAUGUUCUCUAGUGGCUUUGCUGGUGGGUUUCCAAAAGAUGUGGUACUGUCUGGGUUGGAGAACAUAAUGCUUGCUGUUGACCCUCUUCCCUCCCGACGGCCAAAUUCUAUUUUGGGAAGGCUCUCGGGAGAUGCAUCGCUGUAGAGCAAAAGGGCUGGAGUCAAAACUACCGGUAUCUGCCAGCUCAAAACUUUUACUGCCAACAGUUGAGGCCUGAAGUGGGGAAAGCCAGGAAGCCACUGAAUAUGUGGCAGCUGGGUGAAAAGGGGUGACCCAGGGGAAUUCCAUGGGGUGUGUCAGGAAACCUCUGGCAUUGAUGGACUCGAGGUCUGGUCAGUCCCAUAUAGGAAGGGAGAUGGCAGGAGUCUGUAUUGAUUUUUUAAAAAAUGCAGGUGCCAUGGGCUUCCAACCAGAGAGAUCCACAGAGCGGUGGCCUGGGAACAGGUGGUGCGCAGGUCAGCGACCUGUGGCAAGCCUUCAACCAGCCACAUGCUAAUAUUUAUGCAAAUGAAGUCGUGAUGAGUGAUUCCAAGGCAACGUACUAAAGCUAGCCAGCCAAGCUGAACCAAGGCCUGGUGAAAAAUGCACAACUGAGUCAUACUCCCAUUUUACAGAUGAGGAACACUGAGGCUGAUAGCAAAGCAAUCAGUGCAAAGUCGGCCUUGAGAGAGCCCUCCCUGCCUUUUGUCCCUGUUUAAAGGCCUGGGAGCCGAGCCCUCUCCACGAUCUAUGGUAAACUACUUAGCAACCUACCAUAAGAUCUUUACCUUGCUUCUGCUUACCUCUGAUAUAGGGCACAGGAGGGGAAAAAAUAAGAAGUGCAUCAGCUAAUGCUGAUAAGGUAUCUGGAGAAAUGCUUGGGUCUUCAGUCUGAGGAUCUGUAGCAUUUCCAGAAGUUUCUAGAUAAGAUCUUUUCCUCCCCUUUCAAGCUUCCCCUUUCUUUUUUUGCUAUUAGAGAGAACUUAGCAUUUAUUCAUAGUGCAUUGGAAAUGGAGCAUCCCCUUGACCCGAUCCUUGAAUGAGCAACCGGAUGGAGGGAGAGGUGUUUGCAGAGGUGAGGCUGAUAAACCGUUUGAAAGAGAAAUGUGGAGAGGGCUAUGUAAGGAGCAAGACACGGGGAGGACCGUACCAUAUAUAAGAAGCAAGAAGAAUCAGACAUGAGCAAGGAAGGAGGCGGAAGGGGACAGAAGGAUGUUAUACCGAGAUCAAGUCUGGGAUAUUUAGCGCCCAGUUGUGCGUGUGGAGCAGCUGCAACAGUGGUGUGUUUGUGCUGCCAUCUCUUUCUCUGAUUGCCAGCAUAACCAAAGCCUGGGAUUACAGUCCGGAUCCCAUAAUGCAGCAAGUUAGUUUUCGCAUGAACUUAAAAGGGAAAAGGAAAGUGGGUAGUCAGGGUGGGCAGAGAUAAAGAGAUAUUUUUGGCACAGGGCACAGCUGACAUCCUGUGGCUGAGAUGGCGGUUCGGAAAGGUCUUGGCAUUUGGUUGGGUUUGAUGGUGCUGCGUGUGGGAGACCCCAAGUGGGAUGCAGUUAUAUACUGACGGCCAGAUUCUGAGUUUGGUUGGAAUGGGGAGGACGGAACGUAACGGGAAGUCACAGAGGGUGUGGGAAAAGUGAUCCUGAGCAAGGCCUGCUUUUGGAUGUAUUCAGUAUUAAAUCGCUAACAAGUAAAA